AUCAAGCUCUAGUGCCUUGCGUAAAUGAGGCGAACCGGUCCGGAUUGCACAAGGCCCUGGAGUUAUAUAUUGUGGAGUUUAUAUUAUAUACUGUGAUUCCUACCACAGUAUGUGUACUGAUCACAUAUAUUUGAAUGCAUACCGUUUUUGUUUGUGUAGCCUAUGAACCCUUGUAAUGAUAUUGUUUCUAGUUCUUGCGCGUGAAACUUUGAUAUGGUAACAGUAAAUACCACACUUAGCUGAGUUUCAACUAUUUGAAUGUGUACGCAUUUCAUGCAAGGGAUAAACAUCGGGUCUAUAGAAUCCUUCGAGGGCCUGGCAUGCCUUCAUAUAUGGACUACUGCCUGGAAUGUCAAGAAGACAGAUUUCAAUAACUGAAAUUCAUCGCUCCAUUGAAUUCAGCAAGUCCGUUGAAGAUGUGGAAGCUCAGCGACUCGGAGCGUCGGCUGGCUCUGAUCGUUCCCAAGCUUAUGUCACGCCAUCAAAUGAAUCCUUCAAUCAGAAUCGCCUGUCCAUCCCUGGAGCCGAGGCUCUGGCAAGCAAGCCGGGACUCAACGCAUCUCAGCACGUCGGAUUUGACGCCGGACAAAAUCCCGCCAAAGUCAUCGAGCGGGCAUCCCAGUUCUUGCUACAGGAUGAUGUCACUCCAGCCGAAGAUCAGCAGGACACUGGUGUGAAGGCGGAUGAUACACUCAUGGUCCUUGCGCAUCCGAUGAUGGACCCGGGGUCGGGAACUUGCAGCUAUAUUCAAUGGGCCUUGAAAAAGGGCCUGGAACACAUAGCACUUCGUCUUAUAAUCGCAGCGAUGAUCAUUGCCGACAUAACUCUGAUCGUGAUAGACCUGAUCACACGGGACAUGGAUCAACACUUUUACUUCAUCCAGUGCUCUUUCGUCUUCUCAUGGUGUUUUGUACUUGAGCUUUGCUUGAGAGCAUUUGCAUUUGGGCUCUGCUUCUUUCGGUUCUGGUACAACAUACUAGACAUUCUCAUCAUUGUUGCUUCAACUGUGGGUACAACAUACAUAUUGGUAGAUAGAGUUCAAGAGGGAGAGUACUUCUUGCUUCAAGACAGACGUUCACCUGGAUUUUGGCACUUCAUAUUUGCGCUGAGAUUCUGUAGGCUGGCUCACUUCCUCCGGCUGCAUUAUGAAGCCGAAAAUAUCAAGCGUGCUGCAAGGCAGCUGGUUUCACAAAACAAGAGGCGUUACAACAUCGAUGGAUUCGACCUUGACCUGACUUACGUCACCGAUCGUGUCAUAGCCAUGAGCUUCCCUUCCUCAGGUCACAUGACCUUGUACCGAAAUCCCAUUACCGAGGUUGCUCGGUUUUUCGAGACCAAACACGGUGGUCACUACAAAAUCUUCAAUCUCUGCAAAGAAAGAGGAUACGACACACGGAUUUUCGACGACCAAGUGGAAAGAUUUUACGUUGAAGACCACAACCCGCCCACGUGCAAAGACAUGUUAAAGUUUGCUAAAUUGUCAUCCGAAUGGCUGGAUCAAGACGACAAGAAUGUGAUAGCCGUGCACUGCAAGGGUGGCAAAGGCAGAACAGGCACAAUGGUCUGCGUUUACUUGGUGGACAACGGACUCUUCUCCACAGCAGAAGACAGCUUAGACUACUUCGGAUCCCGUCGGACGGAUACCACUCAGGGUAACAACUUCCAGGGCGUUGAAACCCCUAGCCAGUGUCGCUAUGUCGGAUACUACGAGGCCAUCCGCAACCACAAGCACAAGCUUCCCAAUGAGGUGGAAAUGACGCUCAGAAGUAUCCGCAUCUGGGGAAUGUCAACGGUCGGAAAAGGAGACGGAUCUGACCUAACUCUACUCAUCGAGUCAGCAGAGGAAGGCAAAAUCUAUGAGAACCACUUUGGCAAAGGAUCUCUGCGCCUCUACGACAAAGACGUAGACGAGCUGUUCGUGACGUUCCAGUCGGUGCCGACCUUCAGAGGCGACAUCAGGUUCAAGUUCAAGUGCAGCUCUCGGAAAGUGCCAAAGGGCUACGAGAAAACGGCGUGGUUCUUCUGGUUCCACACUGGCUUCAUCAACCACAAUCGUCUGAAGCUAGAGAGGUCCGACUUGGACAACCCUCACAAGAACAAGACGUGGGAUGUGUUCCGAGAGAACUUCAGUGUGGAGUGCUCCUUCCAAAAGGUGAAGAAGGAGAAGGCUGCUCCCCAAACUCGACAUGGCAACUUCAGCAAACGGCUGUCGAGGAUGUUCACCAUAAAAGUGAACCCAGCGAAGAUUACCAAGCGCAAGGAUCGAGGAGGAAAGUGGUGAGUCCGUUCACCCGUCAGUGGUAUGUGGAGUAUCAGGCUAUGUGUGUAUGAGUGUUGAACGUGUGAAAUACAGGACCUUCAAUCUGUA